CAAGCUCACCUCAGUCGAUAUCCGAAUGUUCAACAAGACUGGUGCGUUUCGUGCGAGUUCAAUCAUUUCGACUCAUCCGGUCGUACUUAGCAGCUUAGAUUUUCUCUUGUUGAUACUGAAUAUACUGUGAAGUGUCCUCAUUUUUUGCAUUGAAUGUCCUUACGCUAGGUUACCUUAUGUAGAAGGUAUCAGAUAUACAUAUUAACACCUUUACGAAAAUCGCGAGUGUAUAAAUUAAAUGUAUAGGUCUUAGGCGGCGGUAUAUUAAGUAACGUGUGUCCUAUCAAAGUGAUACUGUGACGGUAUGGUGAAGUUCCCGAAAAAAAUGGAUAAAUUCAUUCCUCUGCUUGCAAGUCUUCUGCUAAUUGGUUAUGUCACUGGUCUUGAAUGGGAUGCCGUUAUAACCACAGACAGCGGAAUUUUGUUCUUCGAUCGAAACUGGACGCAGAUCUCAUCGGGUGGUCACCAGUUCCAGCACAUAUCCGCGUUCGCCUAUGAUGAAGUGAAAAGAAAAAUCUAUUUCAGCGACCGUAAUAACUCAGCCUUUCGGCUGUUUUCGCUCGAUGUAAAUCCCCACGAGGAGUAUCAUAAAAUUACAAAGCUACUGCCAAAGUCGGACGAAACGGCUUACAUUACGGGGUUGGCGUUCGAUCAUCUCGACCGGAAGCUGUACUGGACUGAGAAAGGUACGCACUCCGUUUACUCGGUUGAGGUUGACAGAAUAGGAGUUGACAAGAAUGAUAGCCGAAGGCUCAUAAAUUUAGUAGCAACGGUAGAAGAGGACCACGAUCUAGCUGCAUUGAGUAUCGAUGAGUGUAACAGGUACCUUUACUGGACCAACAGUUUCCUGAGAUCUUCCAAUAUUGUCAAAGCAACGAUGAAUGGUUCGAUAGUGAAAUAUCAUACGGAAGAUGUGUAUCAACCGAAAGGGAUUACCAUUGACUAUUAUAGCAAUCGCAUCUACUGGGUGGAGAAAAAGUACGGCAGAGCAUUUACUAUUCAGAGUGCCAACUUAGAAGUGGAAGAUCAGCGAACCUUCCUCACUGGCAUGGAUAAAGUUCCAACACACGUAUCCUUGGACAAUGAUUUCCUAUAUUGGAUCGAUCAGACAGAUGGAGAAGUGCACCAAACACUGAAAUCCAAUCCGAACGCAAGUCGUGUUGUUUUCAGGGGUAAUCGUCCGUCAGCCGUCAUUAUAAGAUCGAGCCUUUUGUUAGAAUUUCAAAAGAACAACCCCAGUUGUAAAAGUGUUACCUCCAAAAUUAUUGACAAUGUAAGACGAGAUACCGCAGGAGAACAGCCCCAAGCCGACAAACCCAGUCAGGCUAAGGCAGAGAUGAUCAUUUGCUUGAAUAAUGGCAUUCUGAACCACAACACGAAUAGUUGCAUCUGUAUGCCUGAAUAUCAGGGUAAUUUUUGUGAGAUACCGAUUUGCAACAAUUUCUGCGUUCACGGCGAAUGUGUUGUGGGCACCGAUAGUCGGCCGAUGUGUAAGUGUAAUGCGAAGUUCGAAGGUGAACGGUGUGAUCGCAAUAAAUGCGAUGGAUACUGUCUCAAUAACGGACAUUGCAAAUUUACCUCUUCCGGUGCGACGUCUUGCGACUGUCCGAAAAGUUUCACUGGUGCUCGAUGCGAAUUGGCAAUCUGUACAUCGGACUAUUGCUACAACGGCGAAUGUUUCGUGGAAGGUGGCGUCCCUAAAUGCAAAUGUAGUGCAGGCUAUCAGGGAAAACGCUGCGAGGAGUAUACUUGCAAUAAUUACUGUCUCAACGAUGGAAAAUGUGUACUUAACAACAAUACGAUGCUGGUCGAGUGUCGCUGUAUAGAAGACUAUACUGGGAAGAGAUGUGAAAUUCCUAAACAGUUCUGUUCGCUCGAUAAUGGUAACUCAGAACUGAGACAGUAUUGCGAGGGAGUUGUUGUCACCCCACAUCAUAUGGAGCCCCAAGUUACCUACUGCAAAAACUCAUUCAACCGCACUGUCGUGUACGCAUCGCUUGCAUUCACUGCGUCCCUGUUCAUACUGAUGGUUAUCUUCUGGAUGGUGCGACGAUUUUACGAAGGAGGAAGGCCUCGUAUCACCAAGCGGUUCAAAGUCACUAACCAUACACCAAUGACGUCUCGUCCAGCAACACAGUGUGAGAUUACGAUAGAGAACUGCUGCAACAUGAAUGUUUGUGAAACGCCCUGCUUCGACACCAAACUACUACAAAAGUCGAAAACUGAUGACAAACAGUAUCUACUGGAUGACAUCGAGAGCAUAGCCGGUUCCUAUCGUAAGCUUCCCAGUGACAAAAAAUAGCUCUUACUACCUGUAACUGGAACGGCCUCCAGCAAUGGUGUUAUCGAAAAGUGGUUCACACUACUCUCUAUAGCGGCAGCUGUAAAAGUGCGAUUAAAGAGAAAACUAGCGUAAUGAUUAUGAUAAAUCAUUUGCAUAAAACUGAAAUCUCUCCAAACUUUAGCAAUAAUUUGUAGAUAGGCAGAGCUAACUUAUGUGAUUAGUUGUAGGAAUAAUUUUCGGUUCUAGCUUGUGUUAGAGCUCUGGGCAAGUUCGUUCGAUUGCAAGUUCACAUCGCUUGUGGCUUGCGGUAGGGAAUUGUUUAUCACUAUAUUCUUAGUUCAUUUUUACCAGUACACCUGAGGUGUAUACUUUAGUACCAAUGGGGAAUUAGGAUAGUUUCACUGAUAUUUAUUACAUUUUCUGAGCUGCUGUGGAAUGAAUGCUAAACAUUCAUGAAUAGAGAUGAUGAUCAAUUAUUUGGUCAUGCCAAACAGUAAAAAAUCCACCAAUCUACGGAAUAGAUACUUGACGUGCAGAAGAAUAAGUUACAAAGCAGGAUUACCAUAAAUGCCAUACCAAAGAUGUUCAACAUCGACCAUACUUAAAACUGAUCGAAAGAUAUUCAACACACAGACACGAACAAAACACACAAUAAAACAGAAUAAACCUUGCAUGAGAUAUGAGUUCCAGUUGAUUUCGCACAAAUGUUUGUGCCAACUUCAGUUGACUCGAUGGUUCCUUUAGUUCGUAAUACAGCGUUAGUUUUACUUUGGUACCUACAAAUCCGUUCAUUCAGAGACGCAGAAAUAUCUAAUUGAUGUUCAUAGUUUCGGGAUAAAUCAACACACAAGUGCAAAUAUCGUGAACGAACCUGUACAGAUUUCCGGUAAACACAACGGAAACUCUAGAAUAUUCAAUACAAUCCAAUAUGCAAUAUCACUGCUAUGCUCUAGUUUGAAGGCUUUAUCAUUGUCUAUUCACUUGUUUUGUUUUUUAGUUCAUUUAUAGUACUUAGAAGAAUAUGCUUUUAGAGGAAAACUUAAUCAGCGUUAAAAGAACAAAUGCAAACAUGCAACAAAUUCAAACAAGGCUGAGGUUGGAAAAGUACUUUAGUAGUUUUUAUACCAUGAAAAAGAGAACGAUAAAGACUUUAUACUUAAUAUCCACAUGAGAUUUGUGAUAUUGAUAUAAAUUUUAAACUAAUGAUUCAUCGGAUGAAUCCUGUAAGUAAAUAGUUUGAAAAACGAAAUUAUAUUUAUGUGGGAUAUGUGU